CCCAGCAGUGCGCCCACCUGUGCCCAGCAGUGCACUCUCCUGUGCCACCCAGCAGUGCCACACACCUGUGCUCAGAAGUGCCACCCACAUGUGCCCACCAGUGCCACCCACCUGUGCCCACCAGUGCCACCCACCAGUGCCCAUCAGUGCAGCCCAGCAAUGCUGCCAGUCAGUGCCACCAUCAGUGCCAAGCAGUAAUGCCAGUCAGUGCCACCUCUCAGUGCUGUCUAUCAGUGCCACCUAUCAGUGCCGCCUAUCCGUGAUACCUCAUUAGUGCUGCCUAUCAGUGCCGCCUAUCUGUGCCACCUCAUUAGUGCUGCCUAUCAGUGCUUAUCUUAUGAAGUA